GUAUGUGCCCGUACGUUGCAAUGGAAGUAAAAAAAGUUAGUAUAAAACAUAAAUACAGAACAACAAACAUCACUAUAAUAUAAAAAAAAUAAAAAAUAAACAACAAUAAAUAUGUCGUGAAUUGUAAUCAACAUCUCAUGCUGGUACACACAGUCAUCAAAGUGGAGUUGAAUAUCCCGAAUUGCUUGGUUUACUCGGUCCAUCACAGAAGGGAUCAUCAGCUACUGCCAAUAUAAUGAACUUCAAAAUCAUUAGAAAAUUUUGCCUCGCCACUUGGUCCGUCAACAUGCCCUCCUGUGCCUGGUUCCCCCCAUCAAUCCCCCUAAGAAUCAAAACCCAAUAUGUCAGGCACAAAGGAACUUUUUCUUUACAAGAGAUUAGACAAGAGAGAAGUAUGCAUAAUGAUUGCAGAAACGUCUAAAUCUAUACUACCUAUUAAGACUCUAAGGGGUAGGCUGCCUCUGACAUGUUCUGCCUUCCAGCGAUCUGGACCGUCCAAUACGCCAUAAAGUCCCUCUGUCGUCCGAUGUGUGCGCCCUCUUCCCCGAUGCACACCUGCUCGCGAUCCCUGUUUUGCCUCCCCUAUUCGGAUCCAAAACCCUAAGCGGCGGCGGCGCGGUGCCCGCAGCCUGGAUCCCAAGUCCUGCUCCCCCUGUCAAGCAGUCGUUCCUCCACUAUGCUUACCUAUCCCACGCCGCGUCAGCCUCCUUGUCCGCCCUCCCGCUCCCCCGGGGACCGUUGGUCGUCGCUUUCCAGGGGCCUCGACGUGCCCAACCUGACGAAGCGAUGCGGGAGGUUCGUCUCUACCACGCCCUGCCCCAGGCGCUUCGACCUCCGCCUUCACAUCCAUCGCGAGCACGAGGCGGGCAAGACGGAGUCGUCGUCGAGCUCACCGUGCACAGCCGUCGUCGCAAUUCUGAGAUGUUUCGUAUCCCCAACCAAAAGCCUUUGCCGCCGCGAGACCUGUUCGUGCUUCGCUCCUCCUCAUCCUCUCCUCCGCACGAGCGUCACACAGCAACCGCUCCCUCUCCAGCAACGCCCCUGCCCUUCCUCGGUCCUCGCACGUGUUUGGAUCUCCUCGCCUCACACGCUACACCUUCUCUCACACGCAGCUGUCGCACCGUCGACCCCAACCAUUGCCGCACGGAGGUCCGCCUUGGGCCUCCACGAUGCUCCCUACACGCAGUGGAGGGGCGCCAACUUCCUUGCCACGGGGGAGCACAACGGACACGGUGGAGGGCGCCCCAGUCUGCGCCCCGCGGCCGGACCACGGAGGAAGGCAGCCAAUGACACAGUGUCCUGGUCAUCGGACCACAGAGGAACGACCAGGAGCUCGGCAACCCGGUCCCCAAGAUGCAGUCGCGCACCUCCCAUCUUCGAUCCCAAAACGCUGCCACGCUUCCAACUUCCCUCCCCACUCCUUCCCAUGCUACCUCUGGAGUCUGGAUUUGACCUUGUGUGUGUUUAGGUGUGUUACAGGAGCCCAUCCUGUUCCUGAAGCCGACCUCGUCGUUCCUCCACGCUGGCGUGGCCACCGUCGCCGUCGAGAUCCCAGAGCCACUCAAGUCUCUACACCACAAGGUCGAGCUCGUCGUAGUCAUCUCCUGGCGUGGGCGUGACGUUCCUGAGGCGUCUGCCAUGGACUUCGUCAGAGGUAAUUUGAGAAUUGCAUCACAACGAUGGAGCCUUUGUCACAUAUGUUUGUGCUCUAUGUUCUCAUUGAAAUGUUAACCUGAGAUAAUCAACGAUGAACCAAUCGUGAGAUAAUUAGGCUUUGUAUUCUCGUUAUGGAGAAAAGUUUGUGUGAUUGCAGUGCCAAAGUGUACUAAAAAACCUUUGGUUUCAUUUUUCAGAAAGGUUCAUUUGGUGUGUUA